AUAUUUUUACAAAAGUUUAAUAAUAGAGAGCAGGGGUUAACAGUAAAACCUCUGAAGGUUAAAUACAAGCUUCUUUUUUUUAAAAAAAAUACAGCUUCCUUUUUGAACUGCGUAAGUGUACUUCCUGGGUGUAGCAGUUGCUACGGUUAGAUCGAGAUGGCUAAUUGCUACUUUGAUAGGAAAGUAGUGAUUAAUACAGGUAUACCUUUCUAGUCACUAUAUUUUUGAAGUAAUGUUGCCGGUAAUCGAGUAACUACUAUUAUUUAAAACGCUUCGGAUUGUCCAAUCGAAGAGACUUUUAAUCUCAUACAGUGAGGUCACUGAAGUAAGUGAUGACGUCGAUGCAUUCACGUGCUACUGGAGUUGAGUGACAGAUGCAUUUCGUACGCCAUGUUUAUUAAUUGUAUGAGAUGUUAACCCAUAACUGAGAUUUACUUCACUUCAGAAAAGUAAGUUAUUAAUACAGAAGAAUUCGGAUACAACAACAUCUUGAAUAUGAAGCCCUGUAUGCCUAGCAUUCUAUUCCAGUGUUAUACGUAAGAAAUGGAAGAAGCAGAAGUUUCAAGUGAGGAGAACAAUGUCAUCGUUUGUCCAGUUAAUUACGAACAAGCUGCAAAUGAAACGGAUGGAGUUAGGCAAAAUCAAAGAAUGUUUAAAGAACUUCUAAACGUUGAGAAUUGUAAUCAAUAUACGACGAUGCUCAAGAACUGUACACAAGUUCACGUUGGACCUAGAAUAGAAAUUUAUUCUGAAGACCGGAAUGGAAGUUGCUCGAAGACAGAAGACGAAGAAAGUAAUGAAAUGUUCGACAAUUACUGCCAGAAAUUAAACAGAAAAUAUGUGACUUACUUUUCCUAUAUGAGAUCUGUCUUGUGGGACGGAAAGAGGAACGAUUUUCCACUAAAGGAUUACUUUGUAGAAUUAACUGUAGAGAAGACAGAUUUAUUUGGAAAGGAAUGCGGAGAAAAAAUAAGUUUGAAUGAGAUAUUUGCCAUAGAACAAGAUGGACAUCAAACUAUUUUAGUUACAGGAGAUCCCGGUUAUGGUAAAUCUACUUUAUGCAAGAAAAUUGCCUACGAUUGGGUAUCCUCCAAUUAUCUGAAACAUUUUCAAUUAACUUUUAUUGUAAUAUUAAGAGAAUUAGGUGAUAAAAGUGUAACAGAUGUAUUACUCGAUGAUAUUCAUGAAUUAACUGAUAAAAAUUGGAAAUUGAUAGAUAAAAAAGUGAACGUUUUGGUUAUUUUGGAUGGGUUCGAUGAAAUUAUAGAAAAAUCUAAAAUUAUAACAUUUAUAAGAGAAGAAUCUUUCAAUAUUUCUCGCACAAUGACUAUUUUGGUAACGAGUCGAACUCAAGCAGCGGAAGAGAUCAGAGAGGACAUGAAGAUGAGGAUAUUGAUAAAGGGGUUUUCUCCAGAAUAUCAAGAAAAAUAUAUUCAAUUAAUAUUUAGAGAAAAUGAAAGUAAAGCGAACGAACUCAUUUCCGCAUUGACAAAGGAUGACUUUUACAGAGAAAUAUCAGAAUGUCCUCUGAUGCUGCAUAUGUUGUGUUGCCUUCAUCGAGAUGGAGAAAUGGAAAAGCUUGAAACGAUGGCUGAUUUAUACAUUAGGAUAUUUACUCUAAUAACUGAACGUUAUGUGAGAAAAACUAAUCAAAAACGUAAAUUUAAAAGAGGAAAAUAUUUUGUGGGGGAAAAUUUGCUACUGAAAUUAAGAAGAUUAGAGAGAGGCAAAGAUGUUAUCACAUCACAAGAUUUGGUGGCUUUAUUUCCAAAUGAAGAUGAACACAAUUUCAUUACUGGACUAGACAUUCUUACUCUGGAUUCCUUUUCUGAAUGCGAUAAUAUCAUCCGAUACAGUUUUGUUCAUCGGACAUUUGGCGAAUUUCUUACAGCUUUAUGUGUAUAUAUCGGUUAUAUUUCGUUUCCAUAUUGUACUAGUAAUAUGGAGUUGUUAUUUUUAAUGGGAUUUUAUAAGGAUGAACCUUUACCCAAAACGUUUUUAACAUAUAUACCCAACCAAUUGUUCACAUAUCCAUUCAUACUCUGCGCUCACAGACAAAUCAAACUGAAAAGUAAUUGGGAACAAUUUUGUUCACAUUUAAAAGUGGUAUUUUAUUAUAUAAAUUUCCUGACUUAUUAUCAAGAGAUAUUUAACUUGUAUGAAUUCAAAGAAUUGUAUUUAUAUUUAUACGAGAUUGAAAGAAAAAACGACGUAUGGGUGAAUUACGUAAAUUACUUAUCGAAUCUCUGCAGUUACAUUAAAAAUUUAAAGAUUUAUCUUAUUCUCUUAGUUUUUGAAAAGUUUUCGAAUCAUUUAUACGAUAUUAGAGAACUUAUCUCAGGCAUUAUCGAUUUCCUUCAAGUAAUGAACGGUAACGUAGACAUUUAUUUUAUUGGCGUAGAAUAUUUUUUGGGUGAAAAUUAUUUCCAUAGGUUCAUCAAUGUAAAAUACAAUUUGAAUUCGUCUGAGAUCCGGAAAUCAUUAAAUAUAAGUGAAGACGAGAAGUUGGUUGCAUUGGAAACUGUCGACGAUUCGAAACAAUCUGACAGUUUCGUCCUCUCGUUGGAGCAAUACGAAACUUUACGCGAUCGUAUCUUAUUUCAGUCUGCCAGUAAAUUGAAAUUAAAAUGUGCAAUACUGUAGAAUUCUUUAAAAAUAUAUAUUAAGUUUUUUUUAUAAAAGAAUCGUGUAACCUUUAUUUAUGAUAUUACACGUAUUUAUCAGUGACGAAUUUCUACAAAUAGAUACACUGGAUUGUUAAACGUUGCGUGUCGUCGUGUUGAAACAUUUUUGUAGGAUUAUAAUCUAGGAAAAAAUUAAAUAAUUGUAUUUGUGGUUGACUACACCUAUAACACUACACUUAUGAAAAUGUAAAUUAUGUAUAGGCCUAAACACUGUGUUUAGACAUUAUUUUGAAGUUCUACAAAUAUACAGUUGAUCCCCCAUAACACUGUUGAUAAUUCCGUUUUAUAUGAAUUCCA